CAUAUCGGAAGGGACUGGCAACGGUCCUCCCUGCGCGCCUGCGUGGCUCUCGUUCCCCAGCUCAAUGCCCGGUCCACAGGCGCAACAACGAGCCUUCUGUGUCACGGCAUAUGUGUCGUCUGUUGGGUUGCACUUUAGCAUGCGAACUGAGCGCUGGAGCACCUGGAAGCAACUCGCGUUUCGGGCAAUUGACGGCCCGCUGCUACUGUAGGGAAAACACUUGAGAAGGUCCAGCUCACCAGGGCGGUUCCCGACUCUUAUCGACCGACCUAUGCGGCGUUCUCUCAUCUGUUUGCCUUUCACGACAAAAACCCUUUCGGCCACCACUCCACGAUCGCACGUUCAGCGCGCCAUGACAAGGCCAGACCUCUCACGAGAAGAACUUUGAGCUCGUCACUGCGAUAUCCUCCCCAAAUCUACGUCUCGGGUACAGAUGCGAUAGUCUCAGUGGAGCUCCUAACCUCAACAACGUCAACAUCGCCUCGUACCGUUGAAUUCCUUCAAAUUUGGAGGAUACAGACAGAAUUGGGAGCACUCCUCAGUUGCCGUAGGACGGCAGAGACCGAACCUUAGACAUGGCGGCCAACACGAACAGAUACUCGACCUACACGACCGCGUCGACGGGUUCCGACUCCAGAAAUGGCGAAAAGGAGAAGAAGGAGCUCUGGAGCUCCAUGUUGGACUCCGUUGCCAGCGCCAAACGUCUCCCCGAAAAGAACAUUUUGCUCCUCGGUGGUAGUGUUGACUCCCAGCGCGAGUUCUUCGAAUCCCUUUCUAGGAACGAGCUCCGGCGCAACACCGACCGCCAGGGCUCACGCAAACCACCCAUCGCAAACAGCUUCGCCCUCGGAUACACAUAUUACGACGUCCUAGAUGCCGACCAGGAAGACACCCUAGCGCGCAUCUCUCUCUACACCCUUACCGACCCCUCGCCCGCAUUUGCCUCCCUUAUACAGCCUCUUAUCACGCCGCAGUCGAUACCGAAUACGCUGAUAGUUAUCCUGCUGGACUGGUCACAGCCUUGGAAAUGGAUGCGCCAACUGAGAGAGUGGAUUUUACUGUUACGAACCGUCUUUCAGAAACUCAACCGCGAAUGCUCGGCAACUAUGGAAGAGGUCAUGACCGUUUGGAGGGAACGAGGUCGAGGUGGAGGGCUCAACUUGGAUGGUACCAGUGCUGUCCCGACUACGUCUGCGGAUGCUGAUGUUUCCCUUCCGGUUGGUCCUGGAGAGUGGGAGGAUGCCUUGGGUAUGCCACUUUGCGUGGUGUGCCAGAAUGCCGAGAAGAUGGACCAUUUGGAGAAGACUCAAGGCUGGAAAGAAGAGGAGUUUGACGUGGUACUACAGUUCCUCCGAACGAUUCUCUUACGGCACGGCGCAUCCCUCAUUUACACCACUCCCUCGUUGCCCUCACAACUACCCACUCUAGUGCACUCCAGCCUGGGCAUUCAUUCUCUGCUCAAGAAGCAACCACUCAAACACAACGUCAUCGACAGAGAUAAGAUUCUCGUGCCCCCGAACUGGGACUCUUGGGGUAAAAUCCGUGUGCUCAGGGAAGGAUUUGAUGUCGAGGCGGUCAGCUCCGGAUGGACAGCGGAUCUAAGCAUACCGUGGCCAAGGCAACCCCAACGCGUCGCCAAUGGUGACGAUGAACAACAAGGCGAGACAAACGACACCGAGACUGGUGAUGAAGAGCAUGAACUUGACGAGGAUGAGUACGAAGAGCCAACAGAGCCCGAUGGAUCCUCUGUUGCAUUGUACGAGGCUUCUGUACAAGAUCCAACCAUGGACGCGCUCCAUAUUGCCGGUUCGAGCAGUCACUCGACCAAGUUGGAAGUGCAGACAACAGAGACACAACAGUUCUUGGAAAAGCAGCUGAAGUUGUUAGAUGUAUACAAGCAAAAGAACGAGGAGCCAACCGGCCAUCUGGCCAGGAUAAAGAGCGCCAGGAAAACGACGUCGGACUCGUUGACGGCGGAGGACGACCACCUCAAACAGCAAGCCGAGGCCAAGGUCUUGGAGCAUAUUGGCCCGGUGCAGUUCAACAUGGGAGGCAUUCAGGUGGAUGCCGACGACAUGCUCCAGCGACUUAAGGAACGCCAAGCCUUCGGCACCUCGCCUGAACCUCUUAGCCCCGAGGACGAGACUGUGGAGGAGACUCCCCAGAUGGACACCGAGAACCUGCAAGCAUUCUUCACUGGCCUUAUGAACAGGAGCCGGCAGUCAUGAGCUCCUAACAUCAUUCCAUCCCUAGUAAUACCCAUCUACUGCCGCUUUCUUCUCAAUGACCGGUUUGCUUGUUGCCUCGUGUCCCAUGGUUCCUCUUCCCCAUCAUGCGCGACAUAACAUUCCAAGGCAACAGUUUUGAAAGGUUGUGAGCAUUCUUAGCUCCUGAAUAAGGCACAUUGAUGCUUGAGCGUCGUAAACUUUCAUACAAGCCGAGCCCAUACCAUCGUAAAUGAUGUUACACUCCAGUCGCUGACGGAUCUUGUCCUAUGGCUAAAAUGAUGUAGACACAUCCUAAAAAUGUACGAUACCAAUUGACGCACAGAACAAUAGUAGAAACAUGUAUUCAGUCCAUAUAUCUUGUUACAGUAUAUAAAAUCGC